AGUGACCUUGCGCAUGCGCAUUCAGUCGGGGUGCGAGCUCGGCCACGGAAAGAUGGACAAGCUGAAGAAGGUGUUGAACGGGGAGGAUUCGUCGGAUGAUCGAGGCGCCUUGAGCGAGGUGAUGGAAGGAAGCACCUUAGGAUGGGGAACUCGAGUGAAGGGCUUUCUUGUCUGUUUUGUAGCUGGAAUUCUGUGCUCUAUUUUGGGUGUAUGCUUUCUCUGGAUUCCAAAAAAAGGCUUAAUACUUUUCGCUGUCUUUUAUAGCAUUGGGAACAUAUCAUCCAUUGGUAGUACAUUGUUCUUGAUGGGGCCUGUCAAACAAUUGAAAAAAAUGUUUGAGCCAACUCGAUUAAUUGCUACCAUUGUUAUGCUUGUUUGCCUUGCGUGUACACUGUGCUCCGCAUUUUGGUGGAAGAAAGCAGGACUUGCUUUGAUAUUCUGUGUGCUGCAGUUCUUUGCCAUGACUUGGUAUAGUAUUUCAUAUAUUCCAUUUGCAAGAGACGCAGUGAUAAAGUGCUUUACAACAUGUUUGGCGUGAAAACUACUUGCCUGAAGGUGGGAAGGAGCAACAUCAUGUUAAAGGCAGAUUUCGCAUUCUGCGUUUUUCUGUGUCUGUUACGAAGAAUCAUGAGUUUUGCUAAAUAUCUUAAUGUAUGCUUCAGUAAUGACAAUAAUUGUAUCUAUACUUCUUGAAUUCUUGUUUACCAUUCAGAAAAUUAUUGUCCGCUUGACCUGAUCAUCUAAUUAUAGUAAAAGGGGUAAAUGGUCAUUAUUAAUAUUAUGUAAAUAAUUACAUUUUCAUGACCAUUUACUCCUUUUGUAAUAAGGGGGCCAAUGGUCAUUAUUCUGUUUAGUCUUUUGAUCAUAAAGUCCAUCAGAAUAACCAUAAAUGACCAUUAGAACAUGGAUUAGAGGGAUUUCAGAAAUGCUGUUGCAAUUUCUGCAAAUGCAUCAAGGGUUUUGUGUCAAUGAAAUCUUACAUGAAACUGAAAGCACAUGGUAAUUCAUUAAGCUGAACCAUUUUGAAUAUUGACCACAGUGGUUUAAGCUUUGUAGCCUUAUUAUCUUAAUUUUGUGAUUGAAACAAAAUAUUUUUGGUAUUGACAUUUUUUGGAGGGAAAGUAUAGUUUUUACAAAACUUGCUAAUUUUAAUUUAUUAUGUAUCAUCAUGACAACUAGCUUUUGUUUUCUGCACUACUGAAUCAUCAAAAGGAAAAACAGUUCGUCAAAUGUGAUGCUCCUAUUUAGUUCCUAAAAGUACAAAUCCAAUGAUUUUUAAAGGGCUUACACCAGAAGUAUAAACAACAGUGCCUUUAUUUUUUGGGAAUUCAGAUGCUGUCUUUAGCUGCAGUGUACAAUGAUCAGACAAUUUUCAAUCUACUAAUAUCCAGGUGCCUGAUGAACUCCAAGUAACAACACGUUGAUAUUAAAUAUCUUGGGGCUGCAAGUUACAAGUGUGCCUUUUGGAUCAAUAUGAUGCAGGUCUUAAAUGCACUCACCAAGCAUUGUCCAUCUUUUUAUGGUAAAUGAAAGCUGAUAAUAUAGGAUUUAUGAUUACUUUUAUUUCAAAGCAUCUGAACUGCAUGCAAUGUAAAAAAUCAUUAGAGGAAAAUUAAUAUAGAUGUUUCAACAGUGUAUCAAUAAUUUGAUAAAUCACUAAUGCUUAUAAAACCUAUUUUGGUGAACUGCGUUAAUGACUUGUCUUUUUCUGUUUUUUCUGUUUUCCAUUACAAAUAUUGAAGUGCAGCUUAUUGCAAGUUUAACCUUUAUAAAGCUAUUUCAGUUAAAUGUAACAAUAGUUUAAAAUGUUAGAUGGUGUUGAGCUGAGAUUUUCCAUUUUGAUUAUGAAGUUUCAACUUUAUAGAAGUAUGGAUGAAGGUUGAACGGAGGGCAAAAACUAAAUUUAACUUUGGGACCAAUUUAUGCUUGCCAUUCUGUAGUUUGGGAUGUAGUUUAUUCUAGGGAUUUUACUUUGGCCAAUUGUAGUAUUGAAGGUAAUAUUUGAGACCUAGGAUGAAAGGAUGAUAUUUUAGUAUAGAAGUACUUGCUGUAAAUAAAGCUACUUCCAUCAGUGCUUAUAAUACAUCAGACAUUGAAAGUUGCUUCUGGUUUUGAAGUCUAUGCUUGUAUAUAUUUUUUCUUUUGCUAAUUGGAUUUCUCCCUCAUUCUGAAUGAUCUUUAUUGUAUGUAGCUUUGUGAGCAGACUACAAUUUUCUCUGUAUGAUCAGAAUGUUUUUGUCAAUUCUGUAACAGCAAUAUACUCAGCCCACUUUUGAGCAACAAGUGCCUUAGAGCAGAUAUGCAUUGUAGGAUUGUAGUUAUGUGCUUUAAUUAUCUGCUUUGUUUAUGACUGAUGUUAAAAUCUAGUCUUAUCUACUGUAAAACUUAAUUUUUUUUGCGUUUUCUAUUUAAACAUUGAAGAUUAAACUGCACGAAUUAACAUUAAAACAGCUUUCAGAUCGACUUUUCAAGGACAUUGUAGCUAGACUGGAGAUCAAACUCUGGAGUCAAUAAAAGGGGAAAAAAUUGCAGGUGCCAGAAGUUUGAAAUAAAAGCAAAGAAUAUGCUGAAAGUGUGCAGUAUUUCAGGCAGCAUAUGUAGAAAGAGAAAUGGCUAAUAUUUCAAGUCCAGGACUAUUUGUAGAACUCUUUCUACUGAUGCUGCCUGACGUGCAGUGUGUUUCCAGCAUUUUCUAUUUCAUUUUAAAUUUGAGUCACUCAUUUAGAUCAUUGCCCAUUGGGUGGAUACAUUGAAUUGUUAUUUUGUGGAUGGACAAAGAAAGAAUUCCUUUGUUUUCCUUUACAUGCUCCCAUUUGAGAUUCCUUCUUGUGUAAUACAAAGAUGGUUUGAUUAUGAUAUUGGUGCAAAUCUCACUUCUCAAAAUCAAAAUUUGCAUCUAUAUAACCCAUGAGUGAAAUUGACUAUUAUUAAAUUCCUCAUGUCUAGUAUCUGAACUUCUAAUAAGAAAUAAUUUUUGUUUAAAAUUGCUAUUUUCUCUGAAUGAGUUGUUUGUUGAGAUGAAGUUUCAGAGAAUAAUAUGUACUGAUAGUGAAUGAAAUUUGAUUUUAACUUGCAUGGUUUUUACCAGCUCAAUUUCCAUUUGACUUUUUUCAAAUUGUGUAAGUAAUUAUUGCUAAUCAGUUUCAAGAAAAAAAAUAAAGCAUGUCUUAGUCUCUCAUUGCACACUUGCUCAUGGAAAGAUGAAGAGAGAAAAUAUUGUAUCUAUAUUUUAAAGCUAUGAACCUGCAUCUCCAUCUGCACUUGCACAUAGAGAUAGUUGUAUUAAAUAAUAACUGUGCAUCUGUUCUAGAUUUUGCACACUUAAGAUGAUGGAAGUGUAGUAUACUUUAUGUAAAUGAAUAUUUUUAUAGAAGUGUUAAUUCUGUACUUGAGCAAAUGUUGAAAUGGAUUUUGCAUUUUUGAUUUGUACAGGCUAAUGUGUAGUAAACCAAAAGCAAAGUGCCUGUUAGCUCUCUGAAGAGUUUCUGCUUACCGGUGUUUAUUGCUUUAUAUGUACUAGAAUAAAUUGGUAUCAUGCUGUGCUGUAGAUUUUCACUAAAAUGUUCUCUUGGCUUCUGAUUAUUGUAAAACAUUAUUUAAUUGCAAAGAAACAAAACAGCUUUCAGUUUCUUUUGAAGCUUCUCUUUCAAACAAAACGAU